AUACUCAUUUUCAUAUUUAAAAUUUAUCGUCGUCUCUAAAGAGAGAGACAACGAAUAAGUUGAUCCCAAAGGGGGAUCGUGCCUACUUGUAUGAUGGUCGUAAACCCCUAUUAAUAUUUUUUUUUCUUAGCAAAAGUGAUCGGCGUGAAGAAUCUUCACGCGCACGUGAUUUUUUUUUAUUUUGAAUGCUUAUGUAGAGUGUAUAAUUUUAUAGAUCAUGUCAACAGAGCUUGAAUUAUUGAGACAACGCAUUAGCGAGCUUGAGACUAAGAACGCCAAGCUUGAGGCUGAGAAAGCUGAGAUUGAGGCUAGGAAUGUCGAGCUUCUAAAGCAGGUUAUGGAUGAGAAUGCUAAGCGUGAUGCUAGAGUCGAGGAAUUAGAACUAAAAAAUACGGAACUUGAGGCCAGACUCUUGAUGUUGGAACAGGGAUCCUCGGUAGUGGAUGGGCAGUCACAGAACGAUAGGGAAACGAUAGCAAAAAUAUCAGCCGUUGAUGAAUCUGACUCCGUAAUAGACCAGCAAAAUGAUGUCAACACCAAGUCAAUGGAAGAGGUACCUGAGGUGAUUGCAGAGCAAUCGGUACCAGAUAAGGUAAUAGAUGAUUUUAUUCUCGAAGAAUCUGUCAACGUACCUGACUCAGUUAUAGCUCAGCCCAAACAGUGUAUACCCCCGCCUAUUCACGAAGUUUAUAGUCAGUUAAAUUUAUCAGAGGUGCGAGAUCCAGGGCUGUGCAAUCAGAAUGGUUUGACUCUCACCCCACAGAUCGAAGAGGUAGUUUUGCUACCAGAUCAAGGGGGGUCGUUAGAGGACAGAGAGAUGGACGCUUUCUUGGAUGAAGAACAAAAAGGAUUAGUGAGGAAAUAAGAUAAAGGAAGCGGGAGAAAAAGCUUCGAGAAGGUGAUUCCCGGGAGAAGAAUU